AUGCUUCCUAGGCAGAGCUAUGCGCCUACGCCACACAGCUAUGUUCCCAAUACAGCGCUUUCCGCAUCAAUCAAUCUAGACGAGGAAGUGACCUUGACGAGCACGCGAGCAGAGCGCGACCUGCAAGAUUCCCUCGCCGAACUUUUCAGUAUUAUAGUAACCCUCGACGAGUUGGAAAAGGCCUUUAUAAAAGAUGCCGUGUCAGAGGCGGAAUAUACAGAGAUAUGCGAGAGGUCGCUGCGGCAGUACAAUGCGCUGCUAGCCGACGAGACCAUUGCCCGAGAAUUCGGCGGACUCGAAGAGUUCCAAGCAAAGUGGGAUAUUGAAGCUCCGCGCGCGACGAAACGACUUCAAGCUGGCAUGCCCUCCACCAUCACGACGCCCUCUUCGUCAGCCGCCGUUGGCUCAUCCGACAGGAACAACACAAGUGGUGUCCUGAUUCUCGAGGCAACACAGGACUUCAUCACGUUUCUUGACGCCGUCAAACUUGGUCUGCUGUCCAAAGAUCAGCUCCACCCUCUCUUGUCCGACGUUAUCCAGUCAGUCAACAAGGUGACGGACAAGGACUUUGAGAAUAGAGGAAAGAUUGUGCAAUGGCUCAUCACGCUCAAUCAGAUGAAGGCAAGCGAGGAACUUAGCGAACAGCAGGCCAGAGAGCUGGACAUGGAUCUCCAGCAGGCGUACCAGGGCUUCAGACGAACAUUGACGUAG